UGCAGGGGAUCACACACAACAACUCACACAAGGAUUCAAAGCACCAUGUCCUCUCGAUCCAUAACCAUAGUGACAUCUGGAAGGAGCACUGGGCUCGUCCAUGAUGAGAUGAGAUUGCACGGCACUCGGCUCUCCUCACAGCCAAAACUCCUCCUGGAGGAGGACAGGGAGUCUGGUAUCGGCUCUACCCUUGACCUCAGCGGUGCUUUAGAGGGCUGCAACCAACAUACCAGUCACCACUCAAACAAACCCUCACACUCGCAGGCUGACAGACUCCCCUUGAAGAAAGAUGCGAACAUCGGGAAGCUGCUUAUCGGUCUGUCCAAGAUCCCGCUCCUCCUCGUCCUCCUCUUUCUCUUUGUUUGCUCCCUGGACACUCUGAGCUCUGCCUUCCAGUUAGCAGGGGGUAAAGUGGCAGGGGACAUUUUCCAGGACAACGCGGUGCUGUCCAACCCUGUGGCAGGGCUGGUGGUGGGGAUCUUGGUUACUGUGCUGGUUCAGAGCUCAUCAACCUCCACUUCUAUUAUCGUCAGUCUGGUGGCCUCUGGACUGUUGGAGGUGAGGUCGGCUGUUCCAGUCAUCAUGGGCUCCAAUAUUGGGACUUCAGUCACAAACACUAUAGUGGCCAUGAUGCAAGCAGCCGAGAGGACCGAGUUUCAGCGAGCCUUCGCUGGUGCCACAAUCCACGACUGCUUCAACUGGCUGUCUGUCCUGGUCCUGCUGCCGCUGGAGGCGGUGAGCGGGUUCAUGUUCCGGCUGUCCCACCAGCUGGUCACCAGCUUCCAGCUCCGGCCUGGAGAGGACGCACCUGAGCUCCUCAAAGUCAUCACUGAGCCAGUCACCAGGCUUAUCAUACAGCUGGACAAUUGUGUGAUCACAGGGAUUGCCAUGGGAAAUAAGGACAUGAGGAACAGGAGCCUGGUGAAAGAAUGGUGCCAGACUGACCUUGUUACGACCACAGACAAUGUGAGCACUGAAAGCUGUGGUCACAGUCCUGAAUUGUCCCAGCCGUCAGUGAAGUGUAGGCAUCUAUUUGUUUCCACCCCGCUGUCAGACCUCACCGUGGGGCUGAUUCUCCUCGCAGCCUCCCUGGUUGUCCUCUGCUCCUGUCUGCUGCUUCUGGUCAAGCUGCUCAACUCUCUCCUUAAAGGCCAUGUAGCAAAGGUCAUCCAUAAAGUCAUCAACACAGACCUGCCUUAUCCGUUCGGUUGGCUGGCAGGAUACGUGGCCAUGUGCGUGGGAGCUGCAGUGACAUUUGUGGUCCAGAGUAGCUCGGUUUUUACUUCAGCCAUGACUCCGCUCAUAGGUAUUGGUGUGAUCAGUCUGGAGCGGGCCUAUCCUCUCACCCUGGGCUCCAACAUUGGCACCACUGCCACAGCCCUGCUGGCAGCUCUGGCCAGUCCCAGGAACAAACUAGCGGCUGCUUUGCAGAUCGCUCUGUGUCACCUCUUCUUCAAUGUCUUUGGCAUCCUGCUGUGGUAUCCUCUUCCCUUCAUGCGUCUGCCGAUAAGGAUGGCUCGCAUCCUGGGUAAUCGCACUGCCAAGUACCGCUGGUUUGCAGUCUUGUACCUUCUCCUGUGCUUCCUACUCCUUCCCUCGCUGGUGCUGGGCCUCUCACUGGCUGGCUGGCGGGUGAUGGCUGGCGUUGGGGCUCCUUUCCUGGGCGUGUCUAUCUUCAUUGCCAUGGUAAAUAUGCUGCAGGCCCACAGCCCCCGUCACUUGCCUGCCAAGCUCCAGAGUUGGGACUUCCUGCCCCAGUGGAUGCGCUCUCUCAAACCGCUUGACCGCAUGAUCGCCAAGACAACUUUCUGCUGCAGCUCGCUGUGCGAGGAGGGGCCGGGGGAGGAAGAUGAGGAGCAUAUAUCAACACAGAUGAACCCUGUCGACCAAGAGAAAGAGUCUGUGCAAAGGAAAGCACAGCAGGCAUAUGAUAACCCCGUCCUGGAUUACCUGGAUGAGAGCAGACCAGGGGUGCGGGUUCUUAAACUAAAAGGGUUGGAGAGAUGCAACAGCACUCCGCUGUAGACGGUCUAGUUACAGAAGCCUUGUGGGAAAAGUAGGACUGGGAAAAGCAAUUUUAUGAUACUUUGGAAAUAAAUCCAUUUCUAAUAAUU